AUGGACACGAGUCACCGAGAAGCCUGCCAACAACAACAACAACAACAGCAGUGGUGGAAACUGCAGCAGCAGCAGCAGCAGCAGCAGCAGCAGCAGCAGCAGCAGCAGGAGCUGGGAGAGGAGGAGGAGGUGGUUGCGGCAUACAGCGAACCACGGCGUGAUUCCAAAUGUGUGCUGCAGCUGCUACCUUCUUCCACCUCAUCGUUUACUUCCAUACUUCCGAAUGAUGACAGCCACUGGCAGUGGCACACUCAAGGACGCAUGCUGACAGCAGCAGCAGCAACAACCAGCAGCAUGUGGUGGCUGUUGGCCAACACGCACCUUGGUGCUGACGCUGCGGGAGGAGAGCAGCAACUGCAACAGGCGAUGCGGGCGUUUGCGGACGUUGCAUUGGUGGCAUCCUCGCAUACGUUGCAGCUGCUUCACGAGGGCAUGCACGUGUUUGUGCGCGGGGGACGGAUGGCAACGUAUUCUUCGCCGCUUGAUUCGCCACAUGAUACCCCGCAUGAUUCGCCGCAUGAUCCGCCAUUCUUCCUGCAACAGGCGUUUGUGGACAAGCAGCUGUGGUACGACUGGCAGGGCAGAGCCCCACCGUGCAAUGAGACAGCCUGCGGCGGCACGCCUGAGACGGGAGAGAUACUGCGUGAACACGGCGUGGCUGUGCGUGGUGUGGAUGAGCGCAUCCAGAACAGGACGCAUCAGCCGGCCACUGCAGCCGCUGGCAAAAUGGUGGAGGAACAGCAACUGCAUGCGACGUGGCAAUGCACGAACGAUGCCGUGUCUGGGCACACGGCAGAGCCCCGCCAUGCAACGAGACGACCUGCGGCGGCACGCCUGGGACGGGAGGGAUACUGCGUGAACACGGCGUGGCUGUGCGUGAUGUGGAUGAGCGCAUCCAGAACAGGACGCAUCAACCGGCCACUGCAGCCGCUGGCAAAAUGGUGGAGGAACAGCAACUGCAUGCGGCGUGGCAAUGCACGAACGAUGCCGCGUCAGGACAGACGAACCGCAACGAGUACGUGCGUGGUUGCAGUCGGUUUUGCUGCGGGAUACAUGAGCCUGUGCUUUGAUGCUGGAGAGUACAUGCAAGCGAACUGA